AUGGCUUCUCUUCCUUCUUCUUCUUCUUCUUCAGCCGUGUGGAAAACGGACGUUUUCGUGAGUUUUAGAGGAGAAGAUGUGCGUAAAACAUUCGUGAGCCAUCUAUUCUGCGAGUUUGAUCGGAUGGGGAUCAACGCUUUCAGAGACGAUUUGGAUCUACAGAGAGGAAAAUCUAUCUCCCCAGAGCUUAUUGAUGCGAUCAAAGGCUCCAGAUUCGCCAUUGUCGUGGUCUCUAGGAACUACGCAGCUUCAAGCUGGUGCUUAGACGAGCUCUUGAAGAUCAUGGAAUGUAAAGAUACGAUUAGUCAGACAAUCUUGCCCAUUUUCUACGAGGUUGAUCCUUCGGACGUGAGAAGACAGAGAGGAAGUUUCGGUGAAGAUGUUGAGAGUCACAGUGACAAGGAGAAAGUGAGGAAAUGGAAAGAAGCUUUGAAGAAAUUAGCUGCUAUUUCUGGUGAAGACUCACGAAAUUGGAGGGAUGAGUCAAAGCUGAUUAAGAAGAUUGUUAGAGACAUUUCUGAUAAAUUGGUUUUGACUUCAAGGGAUGAUUCAAAAGUCUAUGAUGUCUAUAGAGGACAAGGAUGUUCGAAUGGUGGGGAUUUGGGGAAUGGGUGGAGUUGGGAAAACUACGAUUGCUAA